AGCCCCGCGUUCGCGGAUGCGGCCCCCCAGAGCCGCAGGGCAGCCGGUGAUCUAAGCCGGAGACCAUCUCACGCGCGGUGCCAAGCAGAGGGGAGGGCAGGCGGAGGGGCAGCCUCUCUGGGACUAACUCAUGAAGAACAAGGGUGCCAAGCAGAAGCUGAAACGAAAGGGAGCCGCCAGCGCGUUUGGCUGUGACUUGACUGAGUAUCUGGAAAGCUCGGGACAGGAUGUUCCAUAUGUAUUGAAGAGCUGUGCAGAGUUUAUAGAGACUCACGGCAUUGUGGAUGGAAUCUAUCGGCUUUCGGGAGUCACCUCAAACAUACAACGGCUGAGGCAAGAGUUUGGCUCAGAUCAAUGUCCAGAUCUGACAAGGGAGGUGUACCUCCAGGACAUCCACUGUGUGGGCUCCCUCUGCAAGCUCUACUUUAGGGAGCUGCCCAACCCCCUCCUGACUUAUGAGCUCUAUGAGAAAUUCACGGAGGCAGUGUCACAUUGCCCGGAAGAAGGCCAACUGGCCCGAAUCCAAAAUGUUAUCCAGGAGCUUCCCCCCUCCCAUUAUAGGACCUUGGAAUACCUGAUCCGACACCUGGCCCACAUCGCCUCCUUCAGCAGCAAGACCAACAUGCACGCCAGGAACCUGGCCCUGGUGUGGGCACCAAACCUGCUCAGGUCUAAAGAAAUUGAAGCCACUGGUUGCAAUGGAGAUGCAGCCUUCCUUGCUGUCCGGGUCCAGCAGGUGGUGAUCGAGUUCAUAUUGAAUCAUGUGGAUCAAAUCUUUAACAAUGGCACACCUGGGUCUCUGGAAAACAACGAAAACCAGCCCAUGGUGAAAAGCCUGACCUUGCCAGCCCUCUCCUUGCCCAUGAAGCUGGUGAGCCUGGAGGAAGCUCAGGCCCGCAGCCUGGCUACCAACCACCCGGCGCGGAAGGAAAGGAGGGAGAACAGCCUACCUGAGAUUGUCCCGCCCAUGGGCACCCUCUUCCACACUGUCCUUGAGUUGCCAGACAACAAGAGAAAGCUUUCCAGUAAAUCAAAAAAAUGGAAAUCAAUAUUUAACCUGGGACGUUCUGGAUCAGACUCCAAAUCAAAGUUGAGCAGAAAUGGGAGUGUGUUUGUGAGAGGGCAGAGACUCUCAGUGGAAAAAGCUACUAUCCGACCAGCUAAAAGCAUGGACUCACUGUGUUCGGUGCCUGUGGAAGGAAAAGAAACCACAGGAAAUUUCAAUCGAACAGUCACCACGGGUGGAUUUUUCAUUCCAGCAACAAAAAUGCACUCGACCAGCACUGGCAGCUCAUGUGACCUCAGCAAGCAGGAGAGAGAAUGGGGCCCGGAGGGGAUGCCUGCGGGCGCUGAGGGUGGCUUUGAUGUGAGCAAUGACCGGAGCCAGCUCCUGGGCGCUCAGGCCCGGCCCCCACCUGAGCAACUGAAGGUAUUCCGGGCCACUGAGGAUCCCGAGGGUGAGCAAACAGCCCCAAAGCUUCUGGGCAUGUUCUACACCUCCAGCGACAGCCCCAGCAAGUCGGUCUUUACCAGCAGCCUCUUCCAGAUGGAGCCCUCCCCGCGUCACCAGCGCAAGGCACUGAACAUCUCUGAGCCCUUCGCAGUGUCUGUGCCGCUCCGCGUCUCAGCUGUCAUCAGCACCAACAGCACCCCGUGCAGAACACCCCCAAAGGAGCUGCAGUCUCUUUCUAGCCUGGAAGAGUUUUCUUUCCAGGGCUCAGAGAGCGGAGGUUGGCCAGAAGAGGAGAAGCCACUAGAAACUGAGACUUCUACAGCCCCUGUACCUAAGAAAGCGGUUCUUGAGGACGCCAAGCCAGUACCUGAAGCAGUGGGGACAGCAGAAUGCAGCAAAGGCCUUCCCCUGGAGCUAUGCACCCAGCUGGAGGAGAAAACCUCAGAAGUCUCCAUGGGCUCUCAACAGUCAAGUGAGUUAGAGAAGAGGCCAAGUCCGGAGAAGGUGGUGGAGGAAGGACAAAAGACUGGCCAGGUGGAGCCCAGCCCUCUGCCAGAGAGCCCCAGAGCCAGAGCCGAAGCCAUGUUUCUUCAUGAGAUGGAUGAAGAUGAUCUGGCUAAUGCCCUGAUUUGGCCCGAGAUUCAACAGGAGCUGAAAAUCAUCGAAUCUGAAGAGGAGCUUUCCUCAUUGUCACCACCUACUCUGACGCUCAACCCAAGUCAGCCAAUUCUAGAGUCUAGUCCUGGACCCUUUGCUGCCACAGAGCCUCCUUGUGGCUCUGCCCCUGCUCCAGUCUCCGCCCCUCUGGAGGAGUGGACUAGGGACUCAACCAAUCAGAGCACACAAGGCACUUACACGGCAGCCAACAGAGAGAAGCUGGAGCCAAUCAGCGGCUUCCACCGAUCCGAGCUUGAAGUGUGUCUGCGCCCAGACCCUGCCAACCUGGCUCCUCUAGAAAUAGUUCCAUUUGAGACCGUGUCUUCACGAGCCAGGGUGGAGGUGGCAGGCCCGGGGAAUCUGUCUCCUCCGCUUCCACCUGCUCCUCCCCCUCCAACUCCUUUAGAAGAGGCGCCUCUCGUCCUGCUGUCAAAGGGCGGCCCUGAGAGGGAAGACCCACACAGAAAUUUGAGGACAAAUCUCUGUAUAGACCAGCUGAAGUUCAAAGACAGCCCUGAGAUCCCUAGCCUGUGUCAGAGAGAGGAGGCAGCACCGGGACAAAGUGAAAAGCAAAAUUCAAAGAAUGCUGCUCCUGAGGGAAAAGGUUGUUUACCAAGCCCAACAAGGGAAAUUGAGGUCUCCCCACAAGGAGAAGGGGAGGUCGCCCAUUCAGUACAGGAGCCUUCAGACUGUGACGAAGACGACGCUGUGACAGAUACUGCCCAGCACGGCCUGGAGAUGGUGGAGCCCUGGGAGGAGCCCCAGUGGGUGACAAGUCCCCUUCACUCCCCCACCUUGAAAGAUGGGCAUGAGGCCCAAGUGCAGGGUCCCCAGGGCCACCAACUGGAGAAGAGGCUUUCCCACAGGCCCAGCCUUCGCCAGAGCCAUUCUCUAGACAGCAAACCCACAUUUAAGAGUCAGUGGACUCCCGAGGUUCCCUCCUCCAGCAGCUGUGCUGACCUUGAAACAGAGAAGAAUUCCAAUUCUCUGCAGCCCCUGGCAUCCAGGAGAGAAAUUAUCGGAUGGGAUGAGAAAGCCCUGAGGUCUUUCAGAGAGUUCUCUGGUCUAAAAGGGGAAGAGGCUCAUCCCAGCCAGAAGGGAGCAGGUAGUAUGCAACCCACGCUGGCAGGAACCAGCCCCAUCAGCCUGGCAGAGGGAAAGGAGCUGGGGACACACAGGGGGCACAGCAACCUUCUGGUUAAGCAAAGCAGUGUUCCUGGGCCAGAGAGCAGUGAAGAGAGUGCACCUAGUGUGCAGGACAGCACCUUGCCAGGAGAGCAUCCCCCAAAGUUACAGUUGAGGAGCACUGAAUGUGGACCCCCAAAAGGGAAAAAUAGACCUUCUUCCCUCAACUUGGACUCUGCCGUUCCCGUCACUGACCUCUUUCGGUUUGAGAACGUGGCCUCAUUUAGUUCACCUGGAAUGCAACACUCUGAGCUGGAAGACCCAAAGGCGACAUGGGUGACUUCAUCUCACUGUAAAGCAGAUCCCUGGAGGGCUUACUCUCAGGACUCCCAGGACCUGGACAUUGUUGCUCAUGCCCUGACAGGCCGCCGUAACUCAGCUCCUGUGAGUGUGUCGGCUGUGAGAACCUCUUUCAUGGUCAAAAUGUGCCAGGCUAGGGCAGUCCCAGUCAUCCCACCUAAGAUUCAGUACACCCAGAUCCCACAGCCGCUGCCCUCUCAGAGCUCAGGGGAGAAUGGGCCUCAGCCUCUGGAGAGGAGCCAAGAAGAACCCAGCUCGACUGAGAAACCUGCCAAAGAUGAUUCUCCCUCCCCCCUGGAAAGCCCAAAGGAAGAGAAACCAAAGCAAGACACGGGAGGCAUUGAAUCAUCACCAGUGGAUGCCACUGCAUCCUGCCUGUGUGAAGGACCCACCCUUUCUCCAGAACCAGGCUUGCCUCACCUGCUCUCCUCCCAGGAUGCAAUAGGGCAAUGCAGGAAGCGCACAUCAGAGACAGAGCCAUCUGGGGACAACCUUCUUUCUUCAAAAAUAGAGCGACCAUCUGGGGCUUCUAAGCCUUUCCACAGGUCAAGGCCAGGAAGACCUCAGAGCCUAAUCUUAUUCAGUCCUCCUUUCCCCAUUAUGGACCACCUGCCCCCCUCCACCACAGUGACAGAUUCCAAGGUCCUGCUGUCCCCUAUCAGAAGUCCCACUCAGACAGUUUCCCCGGGCCUUCUUUGUGGGGAGUUGGCAGAAAACACAUGGGUCACACCAGAAGGGGUUACACUUAGGAAUAAAAUGACUAUCCCUAAGAAUGGCCAGAGACUAGAGACCUCAACCAGCUGUUUUUAUCAGCCCCAACGGAGAUCAGUGAUUCUGGAUGGAAGAAGUGGGAGGCCAAUAGAAUGACACCAGUUUACAUGAAAAACGUCAUGACUUAUCUGGAAGUUAUCACAGGGCCAACUUGCCAUUUUUCAGGCAUGGGUUAUCAAGUUUGGGCUUAUUUUGGCCUCAGACUUCUCUUUCUUCAGCCUUUUGGCCAUUUAUUAAUUUUUCCAUUUUCCAGAAGAGGGUCAAGGGAAGGAUGAAGAGAUGAAAUUUAGAUGUCUAAGUGAGCAAGUAGGAAAAGGUUAAGUAAGGGAAGAGAAAGGAAUAUGUGCUCCAGUGAGAUCUGGGGCUUGUUUGUGAGUUGCUUUGCUCCACGUUAUCAUUAUCUAUUACUCUUGAGAGCUGGUUGUGAUAAUGUCUUUUGAAAGAAAGAAAAAUCUCUAGCCUGUGUCAGAAAAUGUUGCUAUUGAAGUUUGAAGCCCUCCUCUUUAUUUCAUGCUUUUUAAUGCUCUUUAAAGCAUGUGUUCUUUUAAACCAGUUUUCUAAUAAGCUUUGUAAAAGUGUACUAUCCAAAAUAGAAGCGGAUUUGGAAAACGCAAACUAACGUGCACUUAGAUAUCCCAGUGAGUGAAUUUACCCAUGUUCUUUCCCUGGAAUCCCACAGACAUGUCCAAGAUGACUCCAUAUACCAGCAUAGAAAAUCAAAACCAAGAGCAAACUGUGAGACUGGCACAAUCCAAGACUUUCUGGCUCUGGCUUCCAUUAAUUUGGGACUCCAACUGCCACUGUACUGAAGUCUGAUUUAUAAAUCCAGUAGCUGGGCAGGGUGGGGGCUGAGCUGAAGAUUACCUUAAUGCAAUUUACUAAAUCUUCAUUCAGGUAUGCAAUCGAAGUGAAGGUUAUCUGCUUUCUUUACCAAAUCAAGAGUCCAAAGACAUGAGGUCAGCAUAGAGAAAAGCCUCACACAAAGACAGAACUACACUCUAAACUUAAAUGUUUUUUUGUUUUUUUAUAAGAGGAAGGGCUUUAUUCACCAGCCGGGAGCUUACGGCAUAGAAGAAUUACAAAUGGCCACCCUCCCCAACUGGCUUGGUCUUUCCCUUUUUAUGGACAGUCAAAUAAACUUAAAUGUUUUUAAAUCAAUGAGGCAUUAGCACAAAACACGCCUCGCUCAGCUUUAUUCUUCUUCUGCAGUAGGCUAGGCCUAGCUGUACAGGAGAGGAUGAAGGGGAGCACCCUAGGAGGGGAGGGAAGAGCCCUAACAAAGUGGCUAUCAUCACCACUCACUGACAGCUGCCCUUGAAAAUGUAUUUUGUUUUAGCCAAUGGGUCCCUUCCUUUCUCCCUCUUAGUCCAUUGCACAAGAGAGAGUUGAGGCACCCCUCUCCCUUCCAUGAUUCCCUUUAUUCACCAGGCACUCAAACUUGCUCUUCUCCAUCUCUAUAUAAGCAGGAGCAGUAAUUCAAUCUUAUUUUGUUUCAGUUAUUUAGAACUUUCAGUGGUUCUUUUAUUCCCACCUAGAUAGGAAGGAGAACUAAUAUAACUGCUGGCAGAUUUUUGGUGCUCCCCAAAAGGGGAUUCACAGGGCACAUCUUCUCAGGUUCAAGCCUGGCUGAACUCUGUCCAGAAGGUCAGCCAUUGCAUAAAUUUCUCUAAGGGCUAGCAAUAUCUCUGGGCAGACCUCACAACCAAGGCUGGUGCUGGGCUGGGUGGAGACUGAAUUGAAGUUAUCUCCUGCAAUGAGAAAUUGGGAGCGGAUGCCUUGCAACAAUACAUAUUCUUACCCCCUGUCCCUUACUCCCUGAUAAACCUUACAAAUAGUUUUGAAAUCCUGUUCUAUACUUUGUAAGCCAGUCACUUUGACAAGGGUACUGUCAAGUCAGCUGAUGAGUUCUGCCUUCAGAGAGCACUGAGUGAGCAAGGGCAACAGUUGGUAGGUCUUGUGUGUUGCAUUCCCACUGGGUAAGCAGGCAAGACUUUGGACCAACAGCUGAUGAGAUAUCAACCCAUAAGAAAAGUCCUAAAAUACAGCAGUUUUCCCCUAAGCAAGCAAGGUAAAGAAAUACAAUGGUGACAGAUGAGAAGGGCCAUGUUCAAGAGAUUUGUAAAGCACAUUCCCGCCUUAUCAGAAAAUGUGACAGAUAGCCUUUAAUGUCGGUCUCAGUGGAUUUGUGGUGUCCGUACUUUGAUAAGGACCACGUUCCAGUUAGAAUGUGAGAGAGGGAAAGAACUGCACUUUGCUUCGCCAUCAGAACUGUGAGCCAAAUAAUGAAAUAUUUAAACUAUUUUACGAUUAUUUUAAAUUUUUGUUUGUAACAUUUAUAAGACAUAUUUUUAUUCGGAGAUAGACUGAGAAGCCACUGCGACGUACUAAGGAGUGACUUCAGUUGUGAGAGUUGAGGAGCCCGUGUAGAUUUAUGAAAUGGUCAACGUCCCUAGACUCUGACCCUUUUCAUUUGUUGACAGCAUCUCUUUUGGGGGCAUGGGUGUGUAGCUGUCAUCAUGAGACACACUGAUGGCUGUCUGGAGAUACUUCCCACUCUGAGCCUUCCUAGCCAGUCAAUUGCAGACGGCCUGAGAAGCUGACUCCCUUUCUCAGUCAGUGUCAUGCUGCUCAAGCAUGGACCUCUCCUUUGUGUCCCAGCCUGUCAACCACCACAAACAUGGUUAGAAUCCUGUGGUCUAAGGCAGCCUGCCACUGGUGAAAUUGCAUUCUAAGGCCAAGAAAGCUCAUAUUUUCCCUCCAAGUUAUUCCCCAAAAUGCCCGGGGGCUCUGAAAAAUGAACCCCCUGAGAAUGGCUGGAUGGGAAUCAGAGUCCUACUUCCAUCCAGGGGAGUGACAGAACAGGAGCUGCUGUUCGAUCCCUUGGAAAGGGCUAUAGAAUCAGACUCUCAAAAUGCUCCUUCAAAUCAGCUGUCAGUCCUCAAAACGGGGGUGGCUGAUUUUAAUUGUUAAAUUUGAAGUGAAAUGCAUGCACAUACCAAUGUUGCCUUUCAGCAUUAAUGGUUGCUUAAGAAAAUAAUAACAUACAUUUAUUGCAAAAUGACCUCCCCAGACAUUUUUUUAGCCAAAAAUGGACCAUAUAAAGGGCAUAUGAUUUUUAUUCCCUGCUUCCCAUGGUAUAUGAAGAGACCUAACCAAGAACCCCAUAAAAACAAUGUUGGACUAAUCUAAGCCCUAAAAUUCAAAAUAUCAUCUAAGUCAAAAUUCUGGAUUCUGGGGAUGUUAAAAGUGUAAAUAACAUCCUCCUCAACAAAUACAGAGGGUGCCAAAGAUAGUAUAUGCAUUUUAAGCAAUAUUAUCUAUGCAUUAUUUUUCAAAGUUGAAUUAAAGGUACCAUUUCUGUCAAGUGUAUCUAGACAUGUACACACAUUCAUUUUACCUGCAAUUUGUACACCUUUUAGAAAUGAUUGGUUUUACUUCCAACAAGAUCUCUUAAAAUGUGUGUACAUUUUUGGCACCCCCAGUAUUUAUUGAGAGCUCAGGAAUAGUGCACUGGGUACCUCAGCAGUCCUAACUCCUUGAAGUGACUAAAGAAAAGGAGAAAGGGGUGGUAGCAAAUGCAAUAGCCCAUAUAAAUAACCAGGAUCAAGAUUUAGAAGCACCAAGUUACCAAACAAAAGCAGAAGGGGAAAAAAAAUGUAACUACUAGCAUCUUUUAAGAGGAUUGUUAAUGGUACUCAAGAGACCUACUGACUUUAAAUGAUCAAACACCAUUGCCAAUCCAAGAGAGUAUGCCAAUGAGAUGCUCAGGUGUUGAGACAUUUGGUUUGGUUUUAAAAUUAGAGCGCAAUAACUAAGUAAGAACCAAGCAACUCCGACGUUUUGCAUAGCAUCCUAAGUAGUUUGAUUGUGAAGGUCUGUUGCAUCUUUGCAAAUGGGCCAGGAAAGAUCAGUAUUCUAUAGCCCUUGAGAAGGGAUGUCGGGGUCUUUUUAUCAUCACCAGGAGUUAACUCCUUUUGAUGAUGAAAUCAUAGACCCAAGAUAAACUGUUCAUUUCAUGUACUGUAUAGUAUUAGCAUGCAGAUUCAUUUGCCUGGGAUUGAAUUCACGGUAGGUCCAGUUCCCAUCAGGUUGAUCAGGGUCUCAUUCUACCAUGGUCCAUUCUGUCUGAUGUCAACAUGAAUCCUGGUGUUAAGUGUUGCCAGAAGUAUGAUAUUAGGCAGUUUGAGCAAGCAGGUGAACUCAAUAUGUGGAAUGACAAAGAAUGUAUCUUCCAUUACCAACACCUUUCCUAGCAAAAUAAAGCCAGAAGAAGGAGUAACCAUCUCUCCAAGCAUGGUGAGGAAGGGAGAUGGUAGAAGAGACUACCAUCAGUACUAGACCAGAUAGUAAAAACUUGGGGGCCAACACACAUCAACUGGAUGCUACAUAGGCGGUCAUUUAGUGACCUUGAGGUACAUGAAUAAUGCAGACUACUUUUCUAACGGUGAGGAAGAGGUGAGGAGGACAUAGCUAAAUGUAAGCAGCUCAUGAAGUCCACAGCCAUGUUUUACUGGAUGAAUCACAAUGCUUUGUAAUAACUUAAUGCCAUAGUAUUUUUUGGCUUAUAAUUCUGCAAAGUAAAGCACUUUUUCAAAGGCGUCUAUUGGAAAGCCACAUAAUUUCAGCUGUAUUGUGAGCUCUACAAAUGUUUCCAAAGAUAUAAUCAAAAUGUUUUUCUAUUGAUUAAAAAAAGUAUAAAUAGUAAACCUAUCCAUAGAGACAUUUAAGUGUAAUUAAAAUAGAUUGUUAUGCUCUAAAAAUAUACUCUAAUAAAUGAUAUAAAAUAUG